AUGGAGGCCCAGGUCACCAAUGUUGCAAAACAGGCAUUUUUCCAACUACGCCAGGUAAAGGAAGGUCUUUGUUCUCAGUGGACUUUCCAGGGCUUGACCAUGGCCAUCAUCUCCAUAUUGCUUUGCAGAGUACAGGGUGCCAUUUUGACAGAGGAUAAAGAAGUAGAGCUGGGUGGCAACGUGACCUUGAGAUGUAUCCUAACAGGGUCUUUUGAACUAGUUCAUCCUUCAUGGAAGAAACAAACUAAUCGGAGCUCUGUAAAUAUUGCAGCAUUGAGUCAGAACAAUACGCAUACAAAUGAGUACAUUGCUGAGGAAUAUAGAAGUCGACUCAGCUUCACGAGUUCAGCAGUUAACGAUACUGCCAUCACCUUUUGGAAUGUUAGCAUCUCAGAAAGUAGCUGCUAUGAAUGUAUAUUUAAUAUAUUUCCCACAGGACCUAUCUCAAACAAAACCUGUCUUCUUGUACAUGAUUUCCAUGCAUUUCUACACCAUCACAUUACUGAUGGACUCUUGAAUGCUACAUGCACAGCAACUGGUUUCCCACCACCUGCAAUCUCUUGGGUUGGACCAGCAGAUGAAAAUAAUGAAAGGAAGCUAGAAAAUUCCAAUGGCACAGUGUCGAUCAUCAGUAACAUACUCAUAAAUACCUCAAGCAGCCAUUAUGGGCAAGAGCUAAUCUGCAAAGUCAGAUACAGAAGGCAAGAGAUAGAUUACAAAGUGCCCAGGACAGAAAAAGGUCAGUGA